UUAUUAAAUAAUACAGCAUACGGUUUAUAGCCUACUGAUAUCUAUGCUUUCGUCACGUUACGUGGUUGCUAUAAAUUACAAAACAACUGAGCUUGGUCUCCUUGUUUAAAUCAAGCUGUUUGAGGAAGACAGUUGAUGGCAGUGAGUGGGCGUGGUUUCAGCACCUCAGUGGACACGCCCACAGCUUUUGAGGGCAGAGAGGAUGGCUUAUUUUUUCAAGAUUUUCAUUUCUUAUUUUAUUUUUUUUAUUUUUUAAAGUUUGCCUGGGUGGUUAAUAACACAUUUUUCUGUGGUGUAAGGUACUCAGAACACACAUUUAAAAUUGACUUUACAUGGAUUUUAAGAUUAAUAGACAAAUUAUUUGUUAAUUAAUAAAUUAAACCAGGUUAAAACAUAACAAGUGUUACCAGUUAACGGUUAAAUGCUAUUAUUUUAAAUAAAUGCAUAAACUUAAACUAAAUUAAUUACAAAUGUAAACAUACUUUAUUGUUACAUUGAUUCUUCAAAAAAAAUUAUGUGGAUUUCGAUCAAUUCUUCCUAAUUAAAAGUAUAAAAAUUAAAAAUAACAAAAUUGAAUGGCAGAAUGGCAGUAUAUAGAAAGACAACAUUAUUUAUUUGGUUUAAUUCUUUAAGAAACAUUGUGAUCAGAGAAAUGACAAGCGACAACAGCACUACUGUUCAUAGGCUUCUCCUAGGUUCAGGAUUCAUUCCUCCAUUAAUGCGCUGCACACACUCCAAUAUUUGGGUUGAACUGUUCUGGAACAGUGUUGUAAAUACAACUUAAUCACUGAUUUCUAGUUGUGUCCUCUUUUGGAAGCACAAAGAAAGUAGUUUCACUUUCACAACGACACACAGUGCGUCCAGCAACCUGCAGCAAACACUAUACAGCUUUCUUUGCGUGAAUUUGAGCGGUGUUAUGAAAACACACCCCCACUUUGUGAUGUCAAAAAGUGGGGGGGUGUUUAAACGAGCUGUUUUAGGGGGGUGUGGACAAGUCAUAACUUUUGUAAAGAAUAUCUCUUUGGUUUUGAGACUUUAUGCACUAACAGCUUGUAACACUCCACAGAGAAAGGAAAAUUUGAACCCUUUAAGUGAUUCAAUAUCCAGUUUAAUUCAGCUGUUUAAUGCCAUGUCAGAUUGCGAAGGGGAUUGCAAAUUACUUUUGAAUGAAAAAGUCAUUCGCAAUUGAAUGUUAUAGGGGACCGUAUUAUUCUUUGAGGUGUGUGUGAUUGUGUGUGUGAGCAAGAGUGCGCUCAUAAUUGAAUUGUGCAAACUGAGCCUUUUAGUCCCAGUUCUCACACUUAUCUCAUGUUUCAACACGUUCCCUACUUUCUCUAUCUUUCUCGCUGUUCUCUCUCUUUUAGUCAAAUGAGCUGGUAUUUUACUGGGUGUUUACACACACUCCUCAAACACUAUUUGAGUAGGCGGCAAGAGUAAAGUGGAGUUGCUGUCGAGAUAUGAAUCACUGCUGUAUGGACUCAGACAUGUUAAGCGUUUAAGCGAGUCUUGAUCCUUCAGACUUACUUGGAGUAUAGCAGGUUUUCUGCCUGAACUCUGACAUCAAGGAAAUCUCUUGUUUGUUUCUCUGACAUCAUGUGAUAUAAGGAGGUAGAAGGAAGGGGAAGCCAAUAUUUCACUCAGUGUGUAGGCUUCUGUUCCCCAUCUACCUCAGACAUGACCUUCCUUGCCUCCUGGGAUGAGUUAGACAGGGGCACAGCAGAUUGGUUUGGGGUCAGCAAUGAUGUGGAUGCCACUCAGAAAUGGCAGCGGAAGAGCCUUCGUCACUGUACCCAGCGCUACGGCAAGCUGAAGCCUCAGGUGAUACGUGAAAUGGACCUGCCCAGUCAAGACAAUCUCUCCAUGGCCAGUACUGAGACCCCUCCUCCUCUAUACGUCCCCCCCGCACAGCAUGGCAUGCAGAGGAUCGUAGACCCGCUGGCUCGGGGUCGAGCGUUCCGUAAUGUAGAGGAAGUGGAUGGUCUUAGUAUACCUCAGACCCCCAUAACCCCCUGCGCCGCUUCCCUGUGCUCCUUCACCAGCUCCCGCUCUGGAUUCAACCGACCUCCCCGCAGACGAAAGCGUGAGUCUGUCGCCAAAAUGGGCUUCAGAGCGGCUGCUGCUCUGGUGAAGGGACGCUCUUUGCGGGAUGCUGCCGCUCGACGAGUGCCUCGGCGGAGUUUCGCUACUGCUAGUUUUCUGGAUGAGGACACUGUGGAUUUCCCAGAUGAACUGGACACUUCCUUCUUUGCCAAGGAUGGGCUUGCGCAUGAAGAACUGUCCACAUACGCAGACGAGGUGUUCGAGUCGCCCUCUGAAGCUGCCAUUAAAGUAGCUGGAGACGAGAGAGACCUGACAGGCAGCGCCCUGGAGAGGACAGAACUAGAGCGGAGCCAUCUAAUGCUGCCUCUUGAGAGGGGAUGGCGUAAGGGAAAGGACGGUGCUCUGAUUCAGCCUAAAGUGCGAUUACGGCAGGAAGUGGUGAGUGUGAGCGGUCAGCGGCGUGGACAGCGCAUUACUGUGCCUGUUAAGAAACUCUUUGCCAAGGAGAAGCGUCCUUAUGGGCUUGGGAUGGUGGGCCGACUGACAAACCGCACAUAUCGCAAACGCAUUGACAGCUAUGUCAAGAAACAGAUAGAAGACAUGAACGACCACAGGCCUUUCUUCACGUAUUGGAUCACUUUUGUCCAUUUGCUGAUUACCGUCUUGGCAGUAUCCAUCUACGGAAUUGCACCUGUGGGCUUUUCACAACAUGAGACAAUUGAUUCUGUCUUACGAAACAAAGGAGUUUAUGAAAAUGUCAAAUUCAUGCAGCAAGAAAAUUUCUGGGUUGGACCAAGCUCGGAGGCGCUGAUUCACCUCGGGGCUAAGUUCUCCCCCUGCAUGCGGCAGGAUCAGGAGGUGCACCAGCUCAUUCAGGAGAAGAAGAACAGCGAGCUGCACUCGGCCUGCUGUGUCCGCAACGACCAGUCCGGCUGCGUGCAGACCUCUCAGGAGGAGUGCUCGAGUACGCUGGCAUUAUGGGUAAAGUGGCCUCACCACCCAAGUGCUCCAUAUCUGGAGGGGAAAGUGCGUCAAUAUGGCUCUGUGUGCCAUCAAGACCCCAGGAUUUGUCUGGAGCCUGCCUCGGUCACUCCUCAUGAGUGGCCUGACGACAUCACCAAGUGGCCGAUAUGCACCAGAUACAGCACAGGGAACCACACUAACCUGCCCCACAUUGAUUGUGUCAUCACCGGCAGACCCUGCUGCAUCGGAACCAAAGGAAGGUGUGAGAUUACAUCAAGAGAGUACUGUGACUUCAUGAAGGGAUACUUCCACGAGGAGGCCACGCUGUGUUCCCAGGUUCAUUGCAUGGAUGAUGUGUGUGGCCUCCUGCCGUUUCUGAACCCGGAGAUCCCGGACCAGUUCUAUCGGCUCUGGCUCUCUCUCUUCCUGCAUGCUGGGAUUCUGCACUGCCUGGUGUCCGUGUGCUUCCAGAUGACCAUUUUGAGGGAUUUGGAGAAGCUAGCGGGCUGGCUGAGAAUCUCCAUUAUCUAUAUCCUCAGUGGGAUUACAGGAAACCUCGCCAGUGCCAUCUUCUUACCGUACAGAGCAGAGGUGGGUCCGGCUGGUUCUCAAUUUGGCAUCCUGGCCUGUCUGUUUGUGGAGCUGUUCCAGAGCUGGCAGAUCUUGGCACGGCCGUGGAGGGCCUUCAUCAAGCUCUCAUGCGUCGUGCUGUUCCUUUUCGCCUUCGGCCUGCUGCCCUGGAUAGAUAAUUUCGCCCACAUCUGCGGCUUUGUCUCAGGCUUCUUCCUCUCCUUCGCCUUCCUGCCGUACAUCAGCUUCGGCCGAAUGGACAUGUACCGCAAACGUUUGCAGAUUCUAGUGGCGCUUACUCUUUUCCUGGGCAUCUUCUCCAGUUUCGUCGUACUCUUCUACGUUUACCCCGUCAAGUGCGAGUGGUGUGAGCUUCUCACCUGCAUCCCGCUGACAGACAAGUUCUGUGAGAAAUACGACCUCAACGCUCACCUCCACUGAGGCCUUGCUGAAGAAGGGCUAGAAUGGAGGACAGUUGGACGCCAGCUGAAUGAUUUGAUUAGACUCGACUUUAUAUAAUGUACUUUUUAAAGGUUUUAUUGUUUUGUUUAGUUUUUUUUCUGGCUAAGAGAAGAGCCCACCCCAGGAGGGAGCAAUAAUAAUCAUGCCAGUCGUGCCUUUUCACUCAGUACCAGCUACUGCCAUAUCCUACAAGAUCAGAGCACUUUUGAGGCCAAACUGUAUGUAGUGCUACUACAGUGGUAAUGUUCGGUAGUGUUUUAGCUACCUGAUCACAUGUAAAACAAAAUACAAUGUGACAAAAUC